GAGCAAUACCUUUUCCUCGCCGUGCUCGCCUUCUUCUUCCUCGUCUCCCUGCUGCAGCUGCGAGUGACAUGGGUGGAGAAGCUCAGCGCCCUGGACCUGCCACCCGAGGGCUUUGCUGCCCUUGCAAAGACAGGACAGCCAAUCGGGACGAAGCUGAGUCAGCGUGCCAUGCUGGCAUACACCGCAGCUGACAUCGCUGCUCUCCACCGUGCAAUGCAGGAGGAUACAGAGCAGGUGAGGCAGCAGCUGGCUGCAGGCAUGGAGGAAGUGGCGCGGGAGGUGGGACAGCUGCGCCAGGCGAGCAGCAAGGCGGAACAUUCCACUCACCGUACAAGGCCUCUGUGCUCCCUCUUUGCUUCCCCCCCAGGUGCUAUGCAAGAAGACGCAGAGCAGGUGCGGCAGCAGCUGGCUGCAGGCAUGGAGGGGGUGGCACGGGAGGUGGGGCAGCUGCGCCAGGCGAGCAGCAAGGCGGCGGGGGACGCGGGGCAGGUGCUGAGGGAGGGGCAGGAGGGGCUGCAGCAGGUGCAGGCGGAGAUCAAAGAGCUUAAAGCCCGCGUGCGGCGGCAAGGGGAGGAGCUUUCUCAGCAGAUGACGGCCCUGGCUCGGCUGCAGGUGAGACGCAUGGGGAUGGAGGGAAAGCAGGCAAGCAGCAAGUUGUGGGGAAGGGGGGAUGCAGCGCAGGUGCUGAGGGAGGGACAGGAGGGGCUGCAGCAGCUGCAGGCGGAGAUCAAAGAGCUUAAAGCCCGCGUGCGCCAGCAAGGGGAGGAGCUUUCUCUGCAGAUGGGGGUCAAUCGGCUGCAGAUCACAGACGACCGCCCGCAGUACUGGCGGCAGCGCGUGUUUGAGAAAUAUGGCCCCUACGGCUUCGUCAAGUUCAGUGCAUACCGAGUGAGUGCACGGCGAAUAGCCAUAAUAGGCAUGGUGCCGGUUGCCAUGGAGGGCAAGACGCGCCUCACUGACUGCACGUGGCAUGGCUCCGAUGGGUCGCGUGUCAGUGGAGAUCUCACGAUCAGCCUCGUGGGCAAGCACCACAACUACAUCUAUGACGUGGCAGUGCUGCUGUGUAAAUUCGACAGUGCCACCGGGGCAGGAGGCCACCUGGAGGCGAGGAUAGAGCAGGAGAUACUGUACCCGUACAGAGAGGAGGAGAGUGAGCCACUGGAAGCGCCAUCCCCUCUCCCGCUGAACGUUGCAGCAUGCGUCUCCCCCAUUCACGGCACCAUCGACGCCAGGAGGCUCUUAGAGUGGCUGCACUUCCACCGCGUCCUCCUCCCUGUGGACCGCUUCCUGCUCUACGAUGCGGGGGGCAUCGCGGGCAAUGGGGAAGCAGGCCCGGGGCACAAGGAGGUGCAGCGGGUGCUGGCGCCAAGGGUCAAGAGGGGCAUGGUGGACGUGACGUGGGGGUUCCGAGAGGUGCUGCAGUGGGACGUGUGGAACUAUGGCGAGCAUCUUGCCAUCCAGGACUGCAUAUACCGGACACGCAACGCCGCCCGCUGGCUGCUCGUGUCUGACAUCGACGAGUACCUCCAAAUCCCGCCGCCCCUCUCGCUGCCAGCGCUGCUACAGGAGCACGAGUCGCUCCCAUGGCUGACCUUUGGCGCUACAGCCUUCAACGGCUCGUUCUGCUCGCCGCUACAGCUGCCACCGCAGGCAGCAGGGCGAGGGGAGGGGGAGGGGGAGGGUGGGGGAGGGGGCGAGGGGAAUGGGGGCGGGGAGGAGGGGGAGGAGGAGAGGAAGCGGGCUGCUGCGAUGGCUGCUAAUGAGGCCAAAGCUGCUUUUGCUGUGGAAAGGAUGCGGUUCAGGUGGGUGAAAUGUGGUGCUGGUGAGUGGCCCCACCCGGUGUGCUCUGCUACAGAUGUCUACAGCGCCAGCCAAUGCCUGGACGAGGAAGGCUCACGGCGCUACAUCCUCGACCCGCGCCGGGCUAUCACUGCCACAGCCAAUAGCGUCGCGUCGUCCCGCCCGGGGAUCAACCUACCCGUGGAGACCGCCAGGCUGGCACGCUUCCCUGGUAUCAGCCAAUCAGGGUUCGCCACAUGUACACUGGGCGAGCCGAGCGACAGUUGGUGGGAGAAGGAGGAGGGGGUGGCUGCACUGGCAGAGGCGGCGAGGAGGUGUCCGGCUUUAAAGCCAUGGACGAAAGGGGCAUCUGCUGAGGUUCCAGAUUGGGUUCAGAAGAUCGAUGCUGUCGGGAAAUACGUCAUGCCAGGAGGCAUCGACCCGCACACCCAUCUGGCCAUGCCCUUCAUGGGGACAGAAUCAUGCGACGAUUUCUAUUCGGGCCAGGCAGCAGCACUGGCAGGAGGCACCACCUUCCACAUUGACUAUGUGCUGGGAGCCACGCCCGCUUCAGGGGGCGAUCUGCUGCGGAUCCUGGAGGAGUAUGAGGGGAAGGCGAAGGGCAAUGCCGUGAUGGACUAUGGGUUUCACAUGGGUGUCACACGGUGGAGUGAGGAGGUGGCAAGGGACAUGGAGGAGGUCGUGAAGCGAGGCAUCAACUCGUUCAAGUUCUUCAUGGCGUACAAGGGCGCUCUGCAGGUGGACGACCAGCAGCUACUCGAUGGCUUCACUCGCUGCAAGCACCUCGGCGCCAUCCCCCAGGUGCAUGCAGAGAACGGCGAUGCAGUGGUGUGGGGGCAGCAGCACAUAUUCGACCUUGGGAUCACCGGCCCCGAAGGCCACCCCUUGUCCCGCCCUCCUGAGGUGGAGGAGGAGGCGACAGGCAGGGCCAUUCGGCUGGCGAAUGUGGUGGGCGUGCCGCUGUACGUGGUGCAUGUCAUGAGCGCUGGGGCUGCCAGGGAGGUGGCCGAGGCCAGGCGAAGAGGGCAGCGCGUGGUGGGGGAGCCAGUGGUGUCGGGCAUUGCUCUCAACGAUUCCCACCUCUGGUCGCCUGAUUUCAAGCACGCCGCUCAGUUUGUGAUGAGUCCACCCAUCCGCUCAGCAGAGCACGUGGCAGCAGUCAAAGCAGCACUCGCCACUGGCACGCUGCAGCUGGUGGCGACGGACCACUGCCCCUUCAACUCGACUCAGAAAGCCAAGGGGCGCCAUGACUUCCGCCUCAUUCCCAACGGGGUCAAUGGCAUAGAGGAGCGCAUGCACAUAACUUGGGAUGUGAUGGUGAAUUCGGGUCUCAUGUCACCUAGUGAUUAUGUCCGCAUCACAAGCACGGAGUGCGCAAGGAUAUUCAACCUGUACCCGCAGAAGGGCGUGGUGGCGGAGGGAUCAGAUGCUGAUGUGAUCGUGUUGAAUCCGCGAGGCAGCACCACCAUCAGUGCUACCUCUCACCACUCCCGCAUUGACACCAAUGUCUAUGAGGGUUGGCGCAUGCAGGGCAAUAUUGAGGUGACGGUGAGCCAGGGCAGGGUGGUGUGGCGACACGGGCGGCUGAACGUCACACGUGGGGCGGGGCGGUUUGUCCCCAUGCGGCCAUUCGGCCCGCUGUUCCACGGCAUGCAGGCGAGGGAUGCCGCCCGCCGGCAUUCAUACCACGCCCCUGCGAGGGAGGGAGCAGGGAAUGUCGGUGUGUCUGUCCUCAUAUUGCCUGACAUUCCAUUCCCUGCUCUGCUCUGCUGUGUCUUCAAGUUGGCCCACUGCCCCAAGCCGGCUUCGCCCCACCCCCACACUACCCCAGGCAGGCCUCGCCCUGGCACCUGCACCCCUGUGCGUCUCCCCCACUCGCCCCACCACACCCGCAGCAGGACCACUGCCUCUGAGGCUCGUAGGCCACUUUUCCACCAUCGCUGCCAUCUGCUGCUCCCUGCUCUUCCUUCUUCCCUCCCCACUGUCCCUCACCUCUUUGCCCCAGGCCCACUGCCCCAAGCUGGCUUCGACCCACCCCCACUACCCCACGCAGGCCGUGCCCUGGCACCUGCACCCCUGUGCGUCUCCCCCACUCGCCCCACCACACCCGCAGCAGGACCACUGCCUCUGAGGCUCGUAGGCCACUUCUCCACCAUCGCUGCCAUCUGCUGCUCCCUGCUCCUCCCCCUCCUCUCGCCACCCCCACUGCCUGUACCACUAGCACUGCCAGCAACAGCAGCAGGCAGGGCGAAGCCACCGCUGCCGCAGCUGCCGCUGGUUCGGAGCAGCAGAGAGCUCUGGGUGCUGUCUGAUGGGCUGCCUGUGCCGCCCAUGCCGCCCGUGCCGCCCGAUCCGCGCAUGGAGUGGGUGUACGCCCUUGGACUGCCGCCCAUGGCCAUGGCAAUGGCGGGCGAGGCGGGCGGCGCUGCUGCUGCCAUGGCCGAUGCCAUGUACCGCGACUCCACGUGGCGUGAUCCCAUUGGUGGAGAGCGAUGA